CGCACUCUGCGCAGCAGCUCCAGCAGCUCCAGGGCGCACCGGGUCGCAGACACGCAGCACGGAACCGGCAUCCAUCCAUCCUGCCAUGGCACCUGUGGACCUGGAGAGGCCAGACGAGGCCAACCCCGAUGACGGGAGUAAGCCCAAGAAAGGCGGCACCAGACCUGCCAAGGGACUGGAGACCAUCGCCCCGCUCGUCCGCAGCGUGGAGGAAACCCCCGAACCCAUCACCACCACCGUGCAGGGCACCAUCCCCUCCUGGGUCAACGGCUUCUUCCUGCGCAACGGCCCCGGAAAGUUCGAGUUCGGAAAUACGCAUUACAACCACUGGUUUGAUGGGAUGGCAAUGCUUCACCAGUUUAAGAUCCAGAACGGCGAGGUGACGUACAUGAGUCGCUUCCUGAACAGCGACGCCUACAAGAAGAACAGCAAAGGCGGUCGCAUCAUGAUGUCAGAAUUCGGUACCAUCGCGAUGCCCGACCCGUGCAAAAACUUCUUCCAGAGGUUCCUCUCUCGCUUUGAGGUGAUCGAACCAACCGACAACGCCAGCGUGAGCUUCGUGAAAUACAAAGGUGACUAUUACGUCAGCACAGAGACCAACUUCAUCCACAGAGUGAACCCCGAGAACCUGGAAACGCUGGAAAAGGUGGACUGGAGCAAGUUCAUCGCCGUGAACGGAGCCACGGCUCACCCGCACUACGACCCAGACGGCACCGCCUACAACAUGGGCAACUCGUACGGGAGCAAAGGUGCCCUGUACAACAUCGUCAGGGUGCCGCCCGAGAAAACAGACGGCGACGACACGCUGCAGGGAGCCAAAGUCCUCUGUUCUAUCGUGCCAACCAACAAGUCCCAUCCCUCCUACUACCACAGCUUUGCCAUGUCUGAGAACCACGUGGUCUUCAUCGAGCAGCCCAUUAAGAUGGACCUGCUGAAGAUCGUCACCUGCAAGAUGAGAGGGAAGGCCCUGAGCGACGGCAUCUACUGGGACCCCAAGCUGGAAACGGUCUUCCAUCUGGUCAACAAGCACACCGGGAAGGUCAGCCCCAUUAAGUACCACACCAAAGCCAUCUCCACCUUCCAUCAGAUCAACGCCUUCGAAGAGGACGGGUUCCUGAUGCUCGACAUGUGCUGCUCGGAUGACGGACAAGCCAUCAGCAAUUACCUAAUCCAGAACCUGCGCAGCUCGGGAGAAGCACUAGAUGAGGUGUACAACACCACAGGGAGAGCGUACCCUCGGCGAUUUGUUCUGCCCCUGAACAUCACCGGCGAAACCCCGACAGACCAGAACCUGAACACUCGACCUUCCAGUGAAGCGUCAUGUGUCAAAGUCAGCGCGGACAAGGUUUUCUGCCAGCACGAGGAUCUCCAUGGAGACGACCUCUACGAGUACGGCGGCCUGGAGUUCCCUCAGAUCAACUACAGCAGAUGCAACGCCCGCCCCUACCGCUACUUCUUUGGGUGUGGCUUCAGACACAUGGUGGGGGACUCGCUGCUGAAGAUGGACCUGCACGACAAGACGUUCAAGGUCUGGGAGCAGAAGGGCUUCUACCCGUCAGAGCCGGUUUUUGUGCCUUCGCCUGAUGCCGUGGACGAGGACGAGGGAGUCGUCCUGUCGGUGGUUCUGACCCCUACACAGGAAAAAGCAACGUUCCUCCUGGUUUUGGAUGCAAGGACGUUUGAGGAGGUGGGAAGAGCCGACGUGCCCGUAAACAUGGCUUAUGGCUUCCACGGUGCCUUCGCCGCGUCUUCAUAAGCUCGGUGACGCAUGAUUCUGGUAAAGGCUGAGCGAGGGAUUUAUUCCUGUUGAUAUUUCAAACACAGCAAGAAAACACGGAGCUCCUGGUUGAAUAAAACCUCUCCAAGGUCUUUAUUAAACAUCACAUAAAAUCCCUCAACCUGCCUUUCAAGUGUCUCUGGUACUGACUGUGACAAAGAAAACUAAACCAAGUGUUAAAUCCCGACUAUAUUCCCGAAUUACUGCCGGAUUAUACACUGAAAAUGUUUCGGUUUAUUUCUAAGCAUAUUUUAGCACUUAAUUAACUUGCGUAUAUAUUAACGUCAUUUAAAAAAAUUAUGCUUCUUUUGCACCAACAACAAACUGACAGUGUCCUUAAAAAACGACGAGGAGGUCUCGUCGUUGUUAAAGCUGCUCCAUGUAGCCGUAACACUUCUGACCACAAGGGGGCGCUCACCUCUGCCGCGGCAGUCCGUCUGGUCAACCACUACAGGUGGCGCCUUGUCCUGAGGAUUGUCCAGGGGACAAGAGUCCAACUUCUGAGUCCAAAGAGAAACUAAGACAUGUUGCAGUUCCUUGAAUGACCACUGGUGGCUCCGAAAAUUUAUAAAUUGGAAACAAAACACAAACAGCCUGGUUCAAAAUCAGUUUUGGUCUCCACAGCUACAUUUCAUAACCAUGACGACAUUUUGGGGGGGGGACUUUUUUUUAUUAUACUGCAUCCGGUAAAGCUAGAUAAAGUAACAGUAAUUCUUUUGAUUGACAGCAUCACUUUUGCAAUUCAGCGCUAGCACUUUCCUGACCGUUGAGCUGUGACUAAAGAGCUUAAAGGACUUAUUCUUUCACAUUUUAUAAAUAAGACCUUUCCUUCUCCAGUUAAAGUAGCUUGAGGCAAGAAUAAGAAAUGAGACUCAUUAGCGCCACGACAACCGUCGGGGGUACUGCAGCCAACAGCAAAGCCGGCACGGGAGAACGCGCAUGCAGCGUCAUGUGACGUCACAUCCGCAGCCCAGCGCGGGAAAUUCGGGCCCAGAAUUGCAGUGCAUUUUGCAGCACACAGCCUGUUCAAGGCAACAGAGAGAUACGGUAGAGGGCUCAUUCUUUUUGGUUUGGAACACUUCAUCUGACAUUAUUACUAGAAAACUUAAAACGUAUAUGCAUUUUUUCAUAAAUCCUGCCUCAAGCUCCUUUAAUUGUACAAACAGCCAUGACUGGCUGUGGGUCUAAGGCUCCAAAGAGAAAGCUUGGCUAAGCCGCAGGCAAAUGUCAUUUAUGCUUUGGCCACUCAGGUGACAUUUGAAACCGGCGGUCCUGCUACCGACACCGCCCUCAACUCCUCUAGGGGGUAGAACCUAUGGGUCAGGGUCCCCAGGGCUUGUCCAGUUCUUCCUAUAUAGUUUAUUGGCGCUAAAACAUACAUUUGUGUGUGCGGUGCUGCCCCCAUGUGGUCAGAAGUGGUGUUGCUACACAGAGAUUUAAACCUAUUAAGGAUAGGAAAUGAGUUGCCAAAAUGAAUAUUUUUAUGUAUUUCUAUUGAACACCCUGCUCUUUUUACUAUCUUUUUUUUAAAUAAAUUGAAUGCCUUUUAUACACUUUUCCAAUAAAUGUUUAAUUAAAUUUGA